GUAAAGCAGUACUCGACUUCCCAUAGAUAGUUGUUUUAGCUUAUUUAACAGCAGAAGGCUUUCCUUUUCGUUCGUGCCGUUUGAAUAUUUUCGAGUAAAAUGGUUUAUGAAAAGUAUUUUUAUAAACUUUUCGAAAGCAUCAAACCUCGUAAAAAAAAUAAAAAACCUAACCCGAAAUCAGAUUGUUUGCCAACUGAAAUCCAGCACCACACAACGACUCAGAUACAUAAAGUCAAUUUUACUUGGACAAUAGACGAAUUAGAUUUUCACAUAACGAAAAAGGAGUUCCUAAAAUCGCCCAGAUUUUCAGCCAUUACCAACGAAGAAUGUAAAUGGCGUUUGGUCUGUUUGCCCUAUGAUAAACUUCAUAGGCCAAAUAGCGACAACCUCGUGUCAAUCUACGCAUGCCUAUUUUUUAUUCCGGCUCGUACAGACGCUAAAGCACUCGUAAAAAGUGAUAUUUGUUUUCUGAAUAGCCAACAAAAAGAAGUAUUUCGAAGUACGGCGAGACCAAUUGAUAAAUUUGAUAACAACCAGGUACUCACUAUGCCUAUUCGUUUGAAAAAAAAACAUAUUUUACCCGGAAAUAAAUUGACCAUUCGACUCAACUUAACAUACACAAACAUUGACGACUUUAAUAAUAAAAAUAAUACACCAAAACCUGCACCACAACGUCAACUUCGCGAACGUUUAGAAAAGUUCGCCAUACUGUAUAGAAAGGACAAAUGCAAGGACGUCGUAAUUUCAGUCAACGGUAAGAAUCACUUAGCCCAUAAAGUUACUUUGGCCGCAUACAGUCCAAUUUUUGCUUCGAUCUUCGAAAAAACACCGGAGAAAGGAAAAAUCACCCAAGUAAAUAUUCCCGAUGUAAACGAAGAAGCGUUUUGUGAAAUUUUAAAAUACAUUAAGACCGGAAAAUUGCCCGUCGAAAACAACACCGUAGAUUUAUUCAUUUUAGCUACUGAAUUUAUCUUGAAAGAAUUGCAACUCGAAGUGUUGCGUUUUAUGCAUGACAAAUAUCAGUGGUGUACUUUAACCGAAAUUUAACCAUUGGUCAUCUCUAGCAACGCGCGAGUAAAACAUUACUCAAUACUUCAUUUAUUUUAUUUUACAAAAGUUCGGUUGCAAUUUUUAUUCAUGUUGAUUAAAUAUUUUAAAAUAAAAUUAGAAGUACCUAAAUAUUAAUAAUUUAUUCAAGUUAAUUGUAAAUCUUUCGGAUAAAUAAUUACAUACUUUAAUGAUCUUA